UAGGUUUGGCACUAUGAACGCUGGGACUCAGAUUUGUUUAAAGGAUACGUCAACACUUUUGUGGGGCUUAAGCAACAAGCAAGCGGAUGGCCGCAAGGAUGUGAGACAAUGGAGCAAAAACAAUGCUAUUUGAAUGAAUUUGAACAAGUGGAAGGCAUUCGCCUGGAGAUGGCCAAAAAAAUUUUGGCCAACUCACUUUGGGGAAAGCUGGCGCAACGUGUUGGUGGAACUGAAAUUCGAUAUGCCCGGACUCCAGCAGAAUUUCAUCAGAUUUUGGAGGACCCGACGAUCGACACACUGGACUUUGCACACGUUAGUGAAGAAAUGGACAGAUGUGUGGUGAGAAAGAAGGCUGAGUUUGCAACGGCUCCAGAGACCAACUGCCUACCCGUCGCAGCAUUCGUUACAUCAUAUGCUAGACUACAUUUAUACGGGUAUAUGCAGCAGGUUAACAACAUUGGUGGCCAGCUCUUGUAUUGCGACACAGAUUCGAUCAUCUAUGUUGCAAGGCAAGGCGGGGAGAGAGUGGUUGAAGGCGAGGCACUUGGCCAAAUGAAAAGGGAAAUUCCAACACGGCGAAUAGUGGAGUUUGUUGCGGGUGGUCCAAAGAACUACGGCUAUCGUCACGUGGAUGCAGCAACAGGAGGGGAUGAGAGAGCUGAGCUGAAGAUCCGCUCGUUCCCUCUUUCCUAUGCUACUCACCAACUCCUCAAUUUUCAUUCUAUGAAACAACUUGUACUUGAUCAAUUCAACAUUGAUGGGGAGAUUGAUGAAGUGCUUGCUGAUGGAGUGAUUGGCGUGGACUUUCCGCAGAUUGGGCGCACAAGACUUUCGGAACUCUACACACACAUGGCUCACAAGGAUUAUAGGCCCUGCUAUGAGAAGGGAAGAAUACUGCCUGGAAUGGAGACUCUGCCAUUCGGCUAUAGAGAGGAGCUUGAAGAAGUACAAGACAAUUUUGAAGCAUUGCCUGGAGGAUCAGGAUGGACUAGAGAAGAUUAUUUGGCAAGAUACUCAUAG